CAGGUAUCAAGAUGAGCGGGGACGUAGCGGAUUCCACGGAUGCCCGGAGUGCUCUCAGCCAGGUGGAGCCAGGAAAUGAUCGAAAUGGCCUGGAUUUCAACAGACAGAUUAAAACAGAGGACCUCGGUGACACCCUACAUCAGCCCCUCCCACAUCGGCCAUGUCACCUGAGCCAAGGACCCGCCAUGAUGUCGGGGAACCAAAUAUCUGGGGACAUGGCCUCGCUCCAUCCACUCCAGCAGCUGGUGCUUGUUCCCGGCCAUCUACAGUCUGUGUCUCAGUUCCUGCUUUCCCAGACCCCAUCUGGGCAGCAAGGUCUGCAGCCGAAUCUUCUCUCCUUUCCACAGCAACAAAGCAACCUCCUCCUCCCACAGUCGGGGCCUGGCCUGGCCUCCCAGGCAGUGGGCCGCCCCGGGCUGCCAGGAUCCUCGCUAGACUCCCAUCUGGAAGCCGCACCGCACCUCCCGGUGCCCAAGCAUCCCCCAGGCCCCGGGGGUACCGAUGAGCCCAGUGACCUGGAGGAGCUAGAGAAGUUCGCGAAGACCUUCAAGCAGAGGCGCAUCAAGCUGGGUUUCACACAGGGAGACGUGGGGCUGGCCAUGGGAAAGCUGUACGGCAAUGACUUCAGCCAGACGACCAUCUCGAGAUUCGAGGCCCUCAACCUGAGCUUCAAGAACAUGUGCAAGCUCAAGCCCCUGCUGGAGAAGUGGCUCAACGAUGCAGAGUCCUCCCCGUCAGACCCCUCGGCCGGCACACCCGCCUCCUACCCCACCCUCAGCGAAGUGUUCGGCAGGAAGAGGAAGAAACGCACCAGCAUCGAGACCAACAUCCGCCUGACUCUGGAGAAGAGGUUUCAAGAUAACUCCAAACCUAGCUCAGAAGAGAUCUCCAUGAUUGCAGAGCAGCUAUCCAUGGAGAAGGAGGUGGUGAGGGUCUGGUUCUGUAACCGACGCCAAAAAGAGAAGAGAAUCAACUGCCCUGUGGCCACACCCAUCAAGUCUCCCAUCUACAACUCCCGGCUGGUCUCUCCCUCAGGGUCCCUGGUACCCCUCUCUGUCCCUCCUGUCCACAGCACCAUGCCAGGCACAGUAACGUCAUCCUGUUCCCCUGGGAACGACAGCAGGCCUUCGUCUCCUGGCUCAGGACUCCACGCCAGCAGCCCAACUGCAUCUCAAAAUAACUCCAAAGCAAUGAUGAACUCCUCCUCCAGCUUUAACUCCUCAGGAUCUUGGUACCGAUGGAGCCACCCCACCUACCUCCACUGAGACCAUACAGCUCCCCUACGCCCCCGGCCCGUGUGCCCCACUGGGAG